CUCUGUAUGAUCGGCUCUGUGUAACGCCCUACACGGGCUGCACACUACGCUGUCCAGGAAAGAGCUGUUUCGUAGGCUCGAGUUUUCUCCCAUUUGUCUCAAUUCGUCUUUGAAACGCAGAACCGUUUCUUCUAUUUCUUCGUGGAAAUGUACUUCAGCUGACUUUUUAUGCCGGGUUUUCGCACUUUCUUCCUCAUUGUCCAUUCCCAGGCUUGUCUUCACAGUCUGUGCCGUACUGUCGCGCUCUUCUGUUUGUUUCCUGUUGUUCACCUUCGACACAACAGCGAGUGAGUUUUUUGGACACAGAAAGGUGUGCUCUGUACCACACAGUUUCAGAAUGUACCCAGGGGUUUGAUGGAUUCUGAUGUUUUUUACCCUUACUGUUGAUUUCAUGUCUGCGAGGUGCAAUCCAGCAUUUGACUUUGCUUUUUCGAGUUACCAAAAUCGCGCUUUUGUUGUUGUCGUUUCGCCGCUGCUGCGCGUCGACCCUUAACCGGGUGACUGCUCCGGCGUCUUCCCAUAAUUCGUUUGUUUCUCAUCACCCAGAGUCCUGGCUAAACGGUCUGACACUGUCUGCCUCAUGAACCCAUAGUUUUUAAACGGCUACAGCGUUCGCGCCGACGUUUACACUUUUCUCCUUCUUACAAGUGGCUACCCCCAGGCCAUACCCUCGGCGCUCAAAUCUGUUUCGGAAUCUGUCCUUUGGAAGAAAGUCUCUGAGACGUUGUCUGUCGAUCCUGUGGGGAUUUCGCUAGCGGAGUGUUCUUCUGACCCCAUAUCUCUGGAGAAAGGCCAUCGAUGAUUUGAAUACGUUCUCAUCGACUCGCAGCGAAAUCUGCUUUUCACUCCAUUCUAUGAUUGGAAAGUACGAAAAUAGACAACCGUGUGGUUAGUCGGUUUUCUGGUUUUCUUCAUUUACAACCCUAAAUCCCUGAGAGGAUCAUACCUGCACAAUCAUCGCUGAUGCACUUGCUUCUUUACCCAGCUCCAUCCUGCAUAAAAGGGGAGAGGAGGCAGAUCGGGUGGAACAACAGGCUCGCGUUUCCAGUUUGUCGGGGAGUCUCGAUUUCUCGUUUGAAUAAGCGAUUCCCCUUUCCUUAGGUACAGCAUGGGAGCUGCGGAUUCGAAAGGAAAACUCGAUGAGGCUGUGCGAGAGAACAGAAGGUCCAUCAGUAGAUCUGUACGCGAGCUCGAUCGAGAGGCCCUUGCGUUGGAUCGUCUCGAGCAGCAGCUGCUCUCUCAAAUUCGUAGUCAAGCCAUUGCGGACACUGCAACUCUCCAGCGCGUGCAUGCACGUCAAAUCGUCCGCGUUCGAAAGCGACGGACGGCCCUUCUCGCGUGUAGGGCUCAGCUGCUUGGAGCGAAGCUUCAGUUGCAGCAAAUGCAAAGCAUGCAACAGCUUCAACAGCAUCUCCAGUCCAGUGCUCAGGUGCUGAUGAAAGUGAAUAAAACUCUGAAUUUGCCGCAGCUGGAGAGCGUGAUGAAUGAUUUCAUGCACGAGUCACACCGCCUUGGUCUCCUUGAAGAAAUGAUGACCGAUGUGAUCGAUAACGCGACCGCAGACACGGAGGAAGAAGAAGCGGAAGAAGCAAUCGUGAACCAAGUGCUGCAGUGUGCGUCUGCUAAUCUCUCUCACAGGCUGGCUGCAGCGCCCCCGCCCUGUCGCCUGGAUGUCCCUGUAUCGGUUGGAAGUGUCUCCGGCGCCUGUGAAGCCCAAAGUUUGGAGCCCGAGAGGGUCGCGCCGGAAGCAUCAGGCCUGCUCCAAAGACCGCGCUGCGAGCAGCGUGUGGGACUCCCCACUCUCCUCGUUUCUGGCGGCUUUGGAGGCGACACCCGACUGAAUCAAGGUGCCGUCUGUGAGAUGGAGCGCGAGAUGGAGAAGCGUCUCUUGUACUUGAGACGCUAGCCGAGAAUCUCGUUCGCAGUUGUGCUGCCUGUCUCUUUCUCCACUUUCCCCUGCUGAUGUUUCUCCCUUUCUCUUUCUUCCUCUUCCUCGUUCUCUCGCUUCUUCCGUCUUCCCCUCUCUCUGUCUCCUCUUUCUCUGUCUCCCCUGUCUCUGUCACCCCUGUCUCUGUCUCGCUCCUUUGUCGGGUUUCUCCGGGUCGGUAUCUCCUGGUGUCUUCUUCAUUCUUGUUUCUGCGGACUGUGAAGGUGAGGGCUUGCGCACCAAGAGUCUCAUAACUCCUGCGGCGGGAGAAAGGCUCUCGCCAUUCGGUGCCGGUGGAAAACACAAACGCGACAGAAGCUGGUUAUCACCGGCGAGGCGCGACCUCCUGUCUCAACGAGCUACGCCUUCAGAACGAACGCACCGGUCACCUUGGCAGAAAGUCGCGAAUCGUUUUGUCUUGGCGUGGAGACACACGAGGUGGAGGCCCCUGUGCACUUUGCAGCAUGCAGGUGCUUCCACUCUACGCAACAAAGAGAUGGGUGAUAUACAGACUUGAAUACAUACACGUACAGAUGUGUGUCUGUGGACAUAUACAUAUGUAGAGAAGCGUGGAGAGUGCGAAGGAAGAAGAAAAUAGGGAUUCUGGAAUAUUUUUGGUAGGUGUCUUAUAUCAACAUGAGUGCAUCCAUAUACAUAUAUAUAUAUAUAUAUAUAUAUAUAUCCAGAUGAGCGUAUACAUCAAUAGGAAUAUAUAUAUAUAUAUAUACAUAUAUAUGGACGUAUACACCAGUAGAAUUAUAUGUAUACAUAUAUGUGUAUAUACAUACAAAUAUAUAUAAAUGUAGAUGGACAUAUACAUCAAGAGGAAUAUAUAUAUAUAUAUAUAUAUAUGUAUAUAUAUACAUAUAUAUAUAUAUAUAUGCCUGUGUACAGAUUAGGGAGUUGUCCUUGUAGGAAUUUUGUUUGUUUCAGAGGCAAUUGGUCUGGGGGAUUCCUGGGAAUUCUGUUGCCUUCCGAUCCACUUGACUUGUCAGGAAAAACGGCCUUUCUAGGUUUUUAAUUCGUUUGAACACGCGGCCAUGUCUCAGGGAUUCGCCAAACCGCUGCACACGCGGGGGAAACGCUGACGAAAACGUUUGCUUCAUUCACGUCGCAUCAAAUUAAGAAGGGACAAGAAACCACCAUCAGGCGCGGGGCAAAUAGACAGCUGAGAUGUUUUUCUGCGUCGGAAAUGCUGCACAUGUUAGGGAGUGUAAGGCAGGUUACACACCGGAAAGAAGAGCUUAAAUCAGCGACACUGAUAGAAACGAGGAACG